AGAGAGAGAGAGAGAGAGAGAGAGAGAGAGAGAGAGAGAGAGAGAGAGACUCACACAUUGAGUGGGGAGACAGACUGAGAGUACGCCAGACGGAGCAGAUGAAGCAUAUUUCGAGCGCACAUUAGGAGUGCGUAAAACCGCAAAAGCAUUGAAACAUAGUACCCGGUGAUUGUACGUUGGAUAAUACGAGUUUAGAGUCUCCGAGUUGUCGACUUUAAUUGCGUCUGCCUUUGGGAACUGCCCUAUGAUUUCAGAAACCUUCCGUUUUCUGAAUGGACGCGCUGGAAAGCUUCUCCCGUGACAUGGAAAUGUGCGUUAUUGAGCGUGUAGCCGGAUGCUGAGGACGAACGAUCCGAUAAGUCAAUUCCAGCUUUCAUUUUGAGUUUUUAACUCUCUUUUCUAAACGCCGACAACAUGGAGGGCACGAGCUUCCAGCCCCAUCCCGGACUUCAACAAACUCUGAAGCAGUUUCAUUUGAGUUCCAUGCGCUCCCUCGGUGGGCCGGCGGCGUUCUCCGCUCGGUGGCACCAGGACUCGCUCUUCGGCAAAGAUGGAAAAUCCGCUGAGAUGAUGCUCACUUUGCCGGCUCAGACCCCCCCGGUGAUGUCCGGUCCACUUUUUAUUCCGUCCGAUCGAUCCACGGAGAGGUGCGAGACGGUGCUGGAGCGGGAGCCUAUCUCCUGCUUCGUGGUCGGCGGGGAGAAAAGGCUCUGCCUGCCGCAGAUCCUCAACAGUGUCCUGAGAGAUUUCUCCCUCCAGCAGAUCAACUCCGUGUGCGACGACCUGCACAUCUACUGCUCCAGGUGCACGGCGGACCAACUGGAGAUCCUGAAAGUGGUGGGUAUCUUGCCCUUCUCGGCACCGUCCUGCGGGCUCAUCACUCAGACGGAUGCUGAGCGUCUCUGCAACGCUCUCAUAUACGGCGGUACUUACCCUCCCCACUGCAACAAGGAGUUAGGCUCUCUGGAGUUGGAGCGAACCGAGAAAAGCUUCAAAGUGUACCACGAAUGUUUCGGCCGGUGUAAAGGCCUUUUUGUCCCUGAACUGUACACCGGCCCGGCUGCCGCCUGCAUCCAGUGCAUGGACUGCAGACUCAUGUACCCUCCUCAUAAGUUUGUGGUCCACAGUCACAAGAGACUGGAGAACCGGACAGUCCACUGGGGCUUCGACUCCGCCAACUGGCGGGCUUAUGUGCUCUUAGACCCGGACUACACCGGAAAAGAGGAGAAGAGUCAUCUGGAGCAGCUGCUUAAAGAGUUAAAAGGAAAAUAUGAUCUGACGGGCAAACUGUCCAGUAAAUCUUGCAGAUCUCCCAGCCCGAUCCCGGCCAAGAGGUCCAAAUUCGACAAGCUGCAGUCUCCGUCAGCUGAUAAAGACAGAAAACCCGACUGGCUGCAGUCGCUGUCAAAGUCUGCUCACAAGGAUCUGAAACAAGUCCAACUGAAACAGAGACCCUCUGCUUUCCGCCCCUGGUCUCCUAAAGCAGUUGAAAAAGAGAAACCAGCCACUCAGAACGAGGUGGAGAGAUCCUGCUCAAAGAAUCAGGAAACUUUCAUUGCUCCAAAUCUGACACUAGCUCCCCUGGCCCCUCCGGUCCAUCCCAAGGACAGCCACACUCCUGGCAAGGGGCCCACAGCUAUUUCCAGGCAGGAGCUGCAUAAUGGCGACGCACAGCUUGCUGCAAAACCAAGCCAUUCCAGCACCACCAACCGAGCCGAUGACAUUGACACAGACGGAGAGAUUGAUGUGGACGACUGCGAUGAUAGUCCAGUGACAGCCUCCUCCCUGGCUUCGCCUCCCUCAGCCUGUACCAAUGUGUCUCAGACUCUGACCCCUCAGAGCGUCGCUCGGGAUCAGGAGAGACCUUCCUGGCUGCCGGGGACUAUAUGCCCAGAGAUGGACACCAUGAGACAGAUGCUGUACGCAGGUCUGGAGACCAAAGAGGCCCGCGAGAAACUCCUGCAGGAGAUUGUCAGGAUGAGAGUGAAGCAGGAGGAAAAGCUCGCAGCUGCGGUGCAGGCUAAGCGCAGCCUUCAGCAGGAGUUGGAGUUCGUGAGGGUUGCUAAGAAAGGUCGUCUUCGUGAGGCCAUCGAAGCCAAGCGCAACUUACGAAAGGAGAUCGAACGCCUUCGCGUGGACUGGGACAGGAAGAUGAGGGAUGCAGAGGAGUCCUGUGGGCGGCUGAAGAGAGAGCUGGAGAGGGAGAGACAGCUGCGAGUUUGUGACAAAGGCUGCGAAGCUGAACGUCUCCGGGUCAAGUACUCGACUCAGAUUGAGGAGUUGCACGUGCAGCUACAACAGGCAGAAGCCGACCGCGAGCAGCUGAGGCACGAACUGCAGCAGGAGAGGGAAGCUCGGCAGAGCCUGGAGAGUGUUGUUAAAGACCUGCAAAACCAGCUGGCCCUGCAGGCAAACUGCUCCGGUCCUGGAGACUGCAAGGAAGCAAACACAGAUGCUCACAGACAGACCACACAACCCACCAAUGGAUCCUAAAGUUGCACAUUCAAACCAGGACUGAAAGACUCAGUGAAAAAGGAGCAUGUUUGAGGACUGUAUUACGCCUCCUUUUGGGAAAAAGAAACUCAAAGUCAGUUUGUAGAAGAAAAAAAACUGUCAUAUAUAAUAUGAUACGGUAUACAACAAUAUUAUUCUGAAAAUAUGAAUUUUAUGAAAUGAACUGGAAAGUAGCAUGAUAUCUGAGCAUGUUAUAGAGCGUGACCCUAAGAGAGACUUCUUCCGUGAUGAACACAUCUUUCCAGUGACGUCAGAGCCCUCGGUUAGACACCUGAUGCUGUCCAAGGAUUUUCUUUUGGUAUAAGCUAUUCUAAGAUGUGCAAAUAUAGCUACAUAACACUACUUGAAUAUGAAGGGAAGAAACUUGGUGAAACAUGAGCAGACGAUGAAACUCUUGGUGCCACAAAACAUUGGUACACUCUAAGGUGUCAUUGCAGACCACUGGAAACAAGAGACACAAGUUUACCACUAUUUACUUUUAAUAUCCGCUUGCUUUUUAUAACUGUGUAGAGGAUGUACUUUUUAAGAAAUAUUGCUUGCGCAGCACUGUUAUUCCACAGGCAAGAACAAAAAAAAAAAAAAAAACAUCCAUAUUCAACCAUGUACGCAUGUAUACCAGCUUAUCUACCUUUUGUAUUUUAUAAACCUGAAGUAUUGGAGGUUCUGUGGGCUGCCUUCAGGUCCACCACUGUUUUAUGCUUAGAUAUUUUAUGGAAGUGUUACUUUUUGUUGUCGUUUUCCAGUAAUGUUUUUUGCAACCACACCAUGUGAUAAAUGACAGAAACUCUCGCCCGCAUUAGUCUAGGUAAGUCACACUCCUAAAGGAAAGUAAACCUUCAACUGUUCAUGUAGAAAUACGGUACUUCGGAUUUUCUAUGGAGUAUUGUAAAAUAAUUUAUACUCUACACUAAUUAACUGCCUACCAACAGAAAGCAUUCAUUUUUAGCCACUGGUUUUAGGGCUCUUAAAUCAACAAUUGCUGUUUAUAUGAACAACAUUUCUACAUAUAUAGAAAAUAUGGAUAUAUAUUUUUUUACUUUAAGAAAAAGGAAUUGCACUUUUUAAAGAUAGAACCUUGCAUUGUGCAUUGUACUCCCUGUUACAUUUUUCAAAUCACAAGUUAACAUGAACUUUGAAUUUAAACACACUUUCCCUCAGUAUACUCCGGUGUAAAUACAGUGAUAUUGUAAAUAAGAUAUUUGUUGCUAUGGUAUGUUUGCUUGCUCCAGACUUAAAUUGAUUAUGAAUAUUAUUUUUUCGCUCUUACUUGAAACCAAAAAGAAACUAUAUUUGGAUUUGAAAAAGUUGCAGUUUCCUUGUUGCUCACUCCUGAGUGUAAUUGCAAUCACAGGGCAUUUACCAGAGUGGUUGGUUUAAACCAUCAGUGGCUGUGAACUUGACCCAAGAAUAGUUUUCGGAGGUCAGACACACCGACAGAAUAUUUUAACUUCUCCCUUGAUUUGUUUUUUAAACGAAAGAUCUUUAUUAUUUGAUUAAUUAUAGAUUAUAUAUUACACCACAGACCAAAAACUAAUAAAUGGAUUUUUAUUCUCUGAACCUCCAGCUCCCUUGCCAGUUAGAGUAGAAAUGUCACACUCUCAUGGUUUAAACCUUAGGUGCUCUUGUAUAUUUUAGACAAGAAAACACUUUUAUGUCUUAUCAUUAUGAUACCCUCGCUCAGUAUUUUGUUGGGUACAGUGUAAUAGCAAUAUCCAUUUCGUUAGCUGAUGCUGUUGUUAGUUUUGGUUUGGAAGUGGGGUUUCACUUGCCUCUUGUUUCAAUGUUUUGUUUUUCCUUCGGAAAACUUGUAUAAUACCUAUUAAAAUCUAAAUCAAUCCUA